CCGUCCUCGAGCUUCGCUUGUGCAUUUUAAAGAAAAUAACGAAGGUUAAGGUGAUUGUGUGUGAACCGAGAUUUGUUUGUUUUUUCCAUCCCGCUGCUAACAAUACUACAUUUCAAGAUGGAAGAAAUGGAAGAGGAGCUCAAGUGCCCGGUGUGUGGCUCGUUUUUCCGUGAGCCGAUCAUCUUGCCGUGCUCGCACAACCUUUGCCUGGCCUGCGCUCGGAACAUCUUGGUGCAGACGCCGGACGCUGAGUCUCCGCAGGGCGGCCGCGCUUCCGGCUCAUCCCCGUCCGAUUAUGACUACCUGGACCUGGAUAAGAUGAGCCUGUACAGCGAGUCGGACAGCGGCUACGGUUCUUACGGCGGCUUUGCGAGCGCACCGACCACCCCGUGCCAGAAGUCACCUAACGGAGUGCGCGUGUUCCCUCCCGCUGCUGUUCCCCCGCCGCAGCCUCAGCACCAGCUGCUCCCGCAGCCCAUGGGCACGCAGCCGAUUCCGCGCAACGCCUGUCUGACGUGCCCGCAGUGCCACCGCAGCCUGACCCUGGACGAGCGCGGCCUGCGCGGCUUCCCCAAAAACCGGGUGCUCGAAGCCGUGGUGGACCGCUACCAACAGAGCAAGGCGGCCGCUCUGCGCUGCCAGCUGUGCGAGAAAAGCCCGGAAGCCACGGCCAUGUGCGAGCAGUGCGACGUGUUCUACUGUGACCCGUGCCGCCUGCGCUGCCACCCGCCACGGGGUCCGCUCGCUAAACACCGCCUCGUACCGCCCGCACAGGGGCGCAUCAGCCGGCGCACCAGUCCGCGCAAAACCUCCACCUGCACAGAGCAUGAACUGGAGAACCUCAGUAUGUACUGUGUGCAGUGUAAGACACCUGUGUGCUACCAGUGCCUCGAAGAAGGCAAGCAUUCUGCGCAUGAGGUCAAGGCACUCGGAGCCAUGUGGAAGCUGCACAAGGGGCAGCUCUCUCAGGCACUGAACAUCCUGUCUGAUCGAGCCACUGAGGCCAAAGAGUUUCUUGUUCAGCUCCGAAACAUGGUGCAGCACAUACAGGAGAAUGGAGUUGAAUUUGAAGCGUGCUUGGUGGCUCAGUGUGACGCACUGAUUGAUGCUCUGAAUCGCCGGAAAGCUCAGUUACUGUCCAGAGUGACCAAAGAACAUGAGCACAAACUCAUGGUGGUGCGUGAUCAGAUCUCUCACUGCACUGUGAAGUUGCGGCAGACAACGGGUUUAAUGGAAUAUUGUCUUGAGGUCAUCAAGGAAAAUGACCCCAGCGGUUUUCUGCAGAUCUCUGAUGCACUGAUUCGUCGGGUACAUAUGACGGAGAGUCAGUGGGGUAAAGGCACACUCACGCCACGUAUGACCAGCGAUUUUGACUUGACACUGGACAGCAGCCCGUUACUACAAACCAUCCACCAGCUUGAUUUUGUACAGAUGAAAGUACCUGCAGCUCCAAUUCUGCAGCUGGAGGAGUGUUGUACUCAGACCAACAGUGCCACUCUGUCAUGGAAACAGCCUCCUCUCUCCACCAUUGUUGUGGAUGGUUACAUACUAGAGCUGGAUGAUGGCAACGGAGGGCAAUUCAGAGAAGUGUACGUUGGCCCAGAGAUGAUUUGCACAGUGGACGGACUUCACUUCAACAGCAUGUAUAAAUCACGUGUUAAAGCCUUUAACUCCAGUGGAGUGGGCCAGUACAGCAAAACACUCGUCAUGCAGACCUCAGAGACUGGACUCGCCUCAUGUGAUAUUAACACUCUAGCUACAGUUGCCUGGUUUACCUUUGACCCCGCAUCAGCCCAUCCAGACAUCAUACUGUCUAAUGACAACCUCACAGUCACUUGUAAUAGUUACGACGAUCGCGUUGUCAUGGGCAACACACCCUUUUCUCGUGGUGUGCAUUACUGGGAAAUGACCGUAGAUCGCUAUGACAACCACCCAGACCCAGCAUUUGGGAUCGCCCGGGGUGAUGUGCUGAAAGACGUAAUGUUGGGAAAGGAUGACAAAGCCUGGGCCAUGUAUGUGGAUAACAACCGCUCCUGGUUCAUGCACAACAACUCCCAUACCAACAGAACGGAUGGAGGGAUUGGUAAGGGAGCGACAGUAGGUGUUCUGCUCGAUUUUACUCGGGGAAUCCUGCUGUUUCUUAUCAAUGAUGAGCAACAAGGUCCUGUGGCUUUUGACUCAUUGGAAGGUCUUUACUACCCUGCCAUCAGCCUCAACCGCAAUGUUCAGGUGACUCUUCACACUGGAUUACCCAUUCCGGAUUUCUACACACUGGGAGAGUCAGACCCUUCUGUCUGCUAAAAACCAACAUAACACACACACACACACACAAACACAAACACAUAUACACACACAAACACACACAUGCACACACAUGGACACAUAUUGAUGGAUAAGAUUUACACUGAUAUUCAGUUCUCAGCUGUUUAUGUGAAAUCCUGGGUUGGUUUAAGAGUUCAGUGCUUUUUUCUAAGCUUAGCUGCUAGUUACAGCUGGUUUACUUUAUUUUUUACUUUAUGACAAGCAGAGGCAGCAGAAGAGCAGAAAACUAUAAACUUCUAUUUGUAAUCCCCAAUAGCCAGAGAUUUUAGGUGCAGCUUUGAGACUUAUUAGACUAUUUGUGGGAAAAAAUACUCAUAAACCAUGCCAGUGCUAUUAAGCUACAAAGUUUAGGCUUGCCUCUUGUUCCUCCUGUGCAAAUUUACAUAAUUUGAUCAUUGGUCACGUCAUAAGAGAAAAAUCAUCAUAUUCAUAAAAAUACUAAUAUAUUGAAAAUGAAUGUAAAAAUCAGCAACACAUUUUUUUUUAUAAAUGGGCACAGUGAGUAGCAUUGCCACCUUGUAGCUCCAGUGUCCCUGGUUCAAACCUGAGCUCAGGUUACUCUCUGUAUGGGUUUUUGCAUGUUCUGAAGUGUCUUGGACCCCAUACAUGUCAGUAGAUAUAUUGUCUGCUACGCAUUAUCCAAAGUAUGUGUCACUCGUUCACUGGUUUCCUUUCCAGGAAGUAUUUCUCCCACAUACUUAGGAGAUACACGUGAAAAUAAAUGAAUUAAUGAAUUUAUAAGAAAUGUUGCAACUGCCCCCUGCUGGUCAAGGUUAGAAUUGGAAGCAUUUCUACAUUUUCUUAUAACUUCAUUAAUCUGAUCUACGUCACUCUCAAUUUCAAUUUGUACACAUUUUUUUCUGGUUUAGAAAUUAUUUUAGACAUAACAGCCCACAAAUUGUGAUACCUAAUGACAAAAAAAGAAUUAUUCAGUAACUUUUAUUUAUUAUUAUUAUUAUUAUUGUUAUUAUUAUUAUUAUCAUAAUCAUUAUCAUUAAUCAUAGUUGGUGCUAAAGAAUUAAGAUGUGACUCUGGUCCUAUUAGCCUUGAAAUUUCAGAGUCCAGGCAGAUUUUAUACUUCUUAAUAAUAAUCAUGUUACAGAUCUGUGCAGAAGUGAUGUGCAGAGAUAAAUUAUAAAUCUGUAGAGGUUAUACAAUGCAGUUUAUCAUUAUAAUUGGACUAUGUGCAGUCUAAUGUGUUAAAUAGAGUAUUCACACACUGACUGACAUGUCAGACAUGUGUGACAUUUUACUGAGCUUUCUUUUUUGUAGAAAGCUGGGAAAUUUUAGGACAUUGUCCUUACACACUACAAACUCACACUGAUCAUUCUGCACCCUAUUUACCAAUUUGUAAGUGAUUGGGGAAAAAAACAUUAUGGUAUAAAUUAUAAUCUUAUAUUAAUAUAGUUCAAUGGCAAGAGUGUCAAUAUAGUAAUUUAACAGGAAUGGCGAGACACUGAGCUGUCUCUCAUUUAUAUACAGUACACACACACAAACUUACACACAGCAUGAACAUUCACUACAUAACUGUCUCCCUUCUGGUCAACCCACAUAAUCAGCAGCAGUGCGGUACACACACAUUUCUCUCUAUCUGUCCCCUUUGUUUGUUAUUGCCUCAGAGCUGUACAAGCAACUCGCAAAUCUUUAUUGAAAAACUGGUGCUGCUUCUGUUUUUAUGUCUGAAAAAUUACAGUACUAUAUAUAGAUAGAAAGAUAUAUUUGUGUUAUUACCUGCAAUAUAAAAAAGCACAGCUUUAAAUUAAAAAAAAGUAAUUCAUAACCUGGCAAUAUGUUUUAUGUUUUAGAAAUGCUAGAUGCCAUAGAGUGGAUGUUUGCGUGGCUCCAUGUCAUUAGAUGUGGGGAGGUUCAGGCUGCUAAUGAUGUGGUGCAGUGAAAUAGCUGCCUUUAUUUGCAUCACAAAACAUGUGUAGCCUAUUUUAAAAAUACCCUGAGCCUUUUUGUCAACUGACUGGAACUAGGAUGCUCCUUGGAAUGAUGAAGUGAGGCUUUGUUGUGUUGUGUGAAAAAGAAUUGUGUACACAGAAACAAAUAACUUGAAUGCCUACAGAACUGCAUGAACACCUAUAAUGCUGAAAAAAGUCUUACAGUGUUACAUUUAUGGUGAUAUUGAAAACAAAUUAGCACAGAAAAUAUGUAACUCUGUAGGCCUUCAACACUAGUUUUGCUGUGUCAGGAGCCGAAAGUGUGGGUCUGUGACUGUACAAGGGAUCUUUAUUUUCUUUAUUAUAAUGUAAUCCCUAAUGUGAACAAUACAUUUAUUACUUUAUUAUUAUUAUUAUUAUUAUUAUUAUUAUUAUUAUUAUUAUUAUUAACUGGCGCUUGGUGCAUUCUGUAACUGUACACUAUAUUCAAUAAAUGGGUUGAGACAAGUGAA